AUGCUUCUCUUAAUAUUUUUACCCCAAUUGGUGUUGUCUAACAAAAUAUCUGACAUUCACUAUUCUGAUUUCGAUUUUUAUUCUCCCUCCGAUUCCCCCAAAAACAAUUGGACAGUAAAUUAUGGAAGUUGGUUAACCCUUCCUUCUCUAGAUUUUGCCGCAGCUGCCUAUUCACCUGAUCCAAGCCCUUGUUUAGAAAAACAUAAAGCUAAACUUGUUUUGCGUGUUCAAGUGCCUUGUGAUGCUUUUAGAGACGAGUGUUGGGCAUUUAUUGCAAUUUCAAGGCAUUUUAUUAUAUUUAGUGUUCGUGGUACCCAAACACAAACACAAUUAAUUGUCGAAAUUAUUGAGUCGAUGACUGGCGGUUCUGUUCAGCAUUAUUUUUAUGAGUCUCUUCAGGCAAUUUGGAAUGCCGGUUUUGGUACAAAAUUGGCAGAAUUGAAAAAAGCUUAUCCAAAAUUGAAAGUUCUCUUUACUGGACAUUCUCUAGGUGGAGCUAUUGCUUCGUUGGCGAGUGCCCAAUUUGCAAUGGAAAAUAAUCGGACAAUAAAGGCAACUUAUUUGUUCAAUAGACCUAAAGAAUUGCUGUUAGUUACGUUUGGCCAGCCACGAGUUGGAAAUAUUGAAUAUGCAAAAUUACAUCGACGGCUAGUUCCAAAUUCUUUUAGAAUUGUGCAUAGAUAUGAUUUGGUGCCACACAUUCCUUAUUGCUACGAAAGACUAAGACGACCACACAAAUGUAUCCCUCUACACGCUCACGGCCCCUUUCACCACCCAACAGAAAUUUGGUAUCCAACAGAAGAAAUGAAUUUAAAUAAUUCUUUAUUUAAAAUUUGUGACGGAGUGCCUAUUGGGGAAGACCAAAAUUGCAGGCAAAAAUUAAUUUUUAAAAAUUUUAUCAAAAAUUUUUUCUUUUCUAGUAAUGCAUAUUUUGUUCAUUUCCAAGUUGGCGAUCAUUUAAAAUAUUUUGGAAAAAUUAUUCGUUUAUAUGGAAUUAAUGGAUGUCUGUAA